UUGUCCAAUAUGGCUGCGCCCAUAGACGUACUCUUCUGAGUCCUUAGCUGAAGGUGUCCAUAAACUUCUUGUUGAAGACAGCUUCUGGCCUUCACUUUUGCACCCCCGCCUUGGUGUGCUGUUGUAGAGGGGAGUCAAGAGCUAUGGCAGGGACCCUCUUUUGGGGGGCAGGCAGGGUAGCCCUAGCUUGGGUUCCCCUAGCCUGCAGAAGCUUCUCUCUAGGUAUUCCUAGAUUAUCAGCCCGUAUCAGACUCACUCUCCCGCCCCCCAAAGUGGUUGAUCGUUGGAAUGAGAAAAGGGCUCUGUUUGGGGUGUAUGACAACAUCGGGAUUCUAGGAAACUUUGAAAAGCACCCCAAAGAGCUGAUUAAGGGCCCUAGAUGGCUCAGAGGUUGGAAGGGAAAUGAAUUGCAGCGUUGUAUCAGAAAGAAGAAAAUGGUUGGAAAUCGGAUGUUCCUUGAUGACCUGCAUAAACUGAACAAACGCAUCAGCUAUCUCUACAAACACUUUAACCGCCAUGGGAAGUACCGUUAGAGAAGAAAGCCCAGAACUGUGGAAGUGGCAUCUCUGUCGCCCUGAAGGGGAAAAGGACUUUUCCUUCUAAGGAAAUGAAUUUGUAUGCUUUAGGCAAUAAAAUGGGGGCAUCUUUGGAAUCA